CCCCAGGGACCAUGAAGAUAGUCUGUGCGCCAACCAAUCAAAUUCCAUUCUGGGGUGUCCCUGCUUGGCCCAUCUUGCUUCAAUGGAGGAUUUACGCUGCUCUGCAUUGCCAAAUGCAAGAACAAAGCCUUUCAAGAGCCUAUCCGAUAACAGGAAGAAAUCUUGGCCCAUAAGGGGAAGGGCAAAGCUAGUCCAGCCCAAUUUGAAGCCUAACACCAUUCGUACUUUUUGAUGUUGCCAGCCGUCCUAAACUUCAGAUUAUUUCAAUGAUAUGUUUUCUUGAAAGUUGUUAAUUCGGAUUACAAAUUCUCAUUCAAUGCUUCCUUUUUGUUGUUUUCAAGCUUAGAAAUUCAUUUUCUUUUCUAUGCAAAACCAACUUGGAGAUGAAUAUACGAUGCUUUCAGAGAAAUUUUUCUGCUGCUUUACCCCAUGUGGUUCCCCUGCAACUCCCAUCUCCAAUGGAAACCCAUUUUUGGUAUAUAUUGCCUGAUGAGGUCAAGAGUGUGGCUCUUCUAAAUCAAUAUUCUGAACUCUUAUCACCAUGUGAGAGAGAGAAUGUUAACCGCAUGGGUGGAGACCAGCUGAAGAAAAGAGCCCUGCUUGCUCGAGCCUUGGUUCGCACUACCAUUGCCAGAUAUCAGAUGAAUUGUGACAUAAAUCCAAGAUCUUUGAAGUUUAGAAAGAACAUCUAUGGGAAGCCUGAGGUGGAGUGGCAAAAUGAGGACAAUGUUAGCCCACCACCCUUGCAUUUUAAUAUCUCACACACCUCUUCUAUGAUUGCCUGUGGUGUGACAGUAAACGUCCCAAUUGGCAUUGAUGUUGAAGAGAAGCAACGGAAGAUAAAGAACAAUAUCACAGCCUUUGCUCAACGCUAUUUUUCUCCUUAUGAAGUGAAACUUUUAACUGCUAUAUCAGACCCCGAAGUUCAGUGUCAGGAGUUUAUCAAAUUAUGGACUCUCAAAGAGGCAUAUGUAAAAGCAUUGGGAAAAGGCUUUUCAGCUGUGCCUUUCAAGACCUUUACUAUUCAGUUUAGGGCUACAGCUACAAGGAACCUUCAUCCUCCUGGAAUUUCAGUUUCAGAGGGAUCUGAAGAAAUUGUUGAAUCAUCUAAUGACCCCACAAACCUCACAAACAAUUGGCAAUUAGCACUCCUGGAAGUGGCUGGUUCUCAUUAUGCUGCCAUUUGUAUGGAAAAAGAUAAAACUGUUGGAGGUGAAGCAAAUAUGCCGAUGAAAUUGACUGUGUGGAAAACCAUUCCAUUUGUCGAAGAUGUUUGUGUUUCCGGAACUGAUGCAGUUCUAGCCCUAGGUGGCAUAAUUGAGCAAUAGCGGCAAUGCACUGCUAAUUGGCCAAGUAAUGAUAUAUAUGAUGCAAUUUGCAGUGGCAUAAAUUACAUCUAUUUUACCCUUGCAAGUUCUUUGUAAAUUGUAUUGAAAAGUAUUCAGCCAUAUUUGGUGCCUGCUAUCACAUAAUCUGGGUUGGGUGAAGUAAUCCUCUGAAUUGAAGCUUUGCUACAGUUCCUUUAAGUCAGACAUAGUAGCAACA